UUCGUGUACAACAGUCGCCCAACCCAAGCACGCCCGAGCUUAUUCCUCUGGAGCUGCUGGAGCCGCAGCCGCGCGUGACAAGAAGAUUCGGAGAUCGUAUAUGAUCGGAAGCUGAGAAUUGCUCCACUCGCACUCUCUCGUUCUACCUUCGCUUCACCAAUUGCCUCUCUUCGGUAGCUCAUCUACUGCUCCAUCGCGACCUUGCCGUAUUAGUAUUGAUUGAUUGGUGGUGGUGGUGCUGCUACUGCUGCUGUUUGAUAAACUGAACUGGCAGCUGACUGAAGCGCACAGGAGCGCCAAGCGUUUUGGGGCCGGCCCCAGGUGAGUAUUCGUUCGGCCAUAAUCCGCGUGGCGAACAGGCUGUGUGUGUGUGUGUGUGUGUGUGCGUGUGCGCGCGUGUAGGAGGGUUUGUUUAUUCCAUUGUUGACACACCACGGAUGUCAGCAGUUGGCCUUCAACCUGGUGCUGCGUGUCGGGGUCGGUCUAUCAGCAGCUUGGAACGAACCAACUCGGGGCGGGGGGGACAAAAGACUCAGCAGUCAGCAGCCGUUCGUUGCGUUCGUUCGCUCGCUGCGCAGCUGCGCAUGACCCUGAAACACUACUAAACAACACUACCUACCGGCUGUGGCUGUGACUGCGACUGCGGUGACUGCAGCUGCUGCUAGGCUGCCGCUGCUUAGGAGGAUGCUGGAUCGUGACCGUGGCAUCCAGCCGUGGGGUGGCCUACGGCCAACCGGCUACCUCGGACCGUUCGCCAUCUUGAUCGUCCUCGUCCGGGCAAUGCUCGCUACCGACCAGAUCGUGCUGCACCAGGAUCCGAUGCUGUACGAGGGUGAUGCCUGUCAGCUGAGGAACGGUACGGCCGGGACCUGCCAGCCGGCGAACGAGUGUGAAUGGGCCAGGGAGCGCCCGUGGCAGAAGACCGAGCUGGUCACCUGCUCGUUCAACCAGUCGAUGCCGAUCGUGUGCUGCGUACGGCGGCUUGAAUCCCGCAUCAGCACGAAGCGCAUCAGUGAGACGCAGUGCGACCAGUACCCGAACCCAACCGGACUGUCGGAUCACAUCUUCAACGGUGUGGCGGCCCAGUUCGGUGAGUUCCCGCAUAUGGCCGCCCUCGGGUACGGUGACAGUACCGGGAACGGUACCACGGCUCCGACGACGGCAUCAGAACCACCGCCAUCCCUGUUCCGGUGCGCCGCCAGCCUUAUCUCGAGGCACUUUCUGCUGACGGCUGCGCACUGUUUGCGCGAGCGGCCCACCUUCGCCCGGCUUGGCGUGCUCGAGCUGCAACCGGCCCGUGUCAUCGAUGAGCCACUGGACAUCGGGAUCCGGACCGCGAUACCGCAUCCCGAUUACAACCCGGUCACGUACCGGAACGAUAUCGCGCUGCUCGAGCUAGAGCAGCCGGCCCUCGAUUGGCCGUUCGUCGAUCCGGUCUGCCUCUACACGAAACCGAUCGGCAACGGAACGGCACCGUUACCGUCACCGCUACUGUCGGUGCAGGGCUGGGGUACGGUGCUACCGGGUGACACCGAUCCGGCGCCCCGGCUCAUGAAGGCCAACAUAACGGUGCUGGAGCGGGACACGUGCAUCGGAUCGCUUCCCCGCAAUCGCCGCAAUCCGGCCGGCCUGCACGAGGGGCAGCUGUGUGCGCUUGGGCGCAACGAGCGAAACGAAACGGUGGCCGAUACCUGUCCGGGCGAUUCGGGCGGUCCGCUCGAGCUGAUCGUCCCCGGUGGUCGCCACUAUCUGGUCGGUAUCACGUCGAACGGGUACGCUUGUGGUUCGCCGAUACCGGGCAUCUACACCGAGAUCGCGCACUAUCUCGAUUGGAUCGAGUCGAUCGUCUGGCCUGCCACAACCACCACCACCACCACCAACACCACCACCGGUGGCCAACCAUGACAGGGGGGAAACCGGCUCUGGGGAAUCUGCAAAUGCAAAGAUGCGAACACUGAGUGCCGCGGGCAACAGCAGUAGCGACAACAACAACAAAAGCGCAACAAACACGAAUGAAUGAAUUAACAAAUCGACUGCACACCGCCUAAAACUGUGUAUAUUUUUUUUUCGAUUUCCUUUCCUUGCUGUUUGCUCUGCUCCGCUGUUUUUGAGACACGUCGGUUCCACGGAAGCCCGAACCCGAACGCCCGCCUAAAAGAAUGUACGUAGCAGGUGACGUAGGCCGCCUCUUUCUCUCUCUCUCGCUCGCUCUCUCGCUUGCGCUCUUGUCCG